CGCUCCUUCACAAGAGCGAAGUAUCAGUUUGAUGUAGUACCACACUCCAAGCGUCAACAUAUGUCUAAAUCGUGGACUAAUGUCUUUGGGCGUACUAUUCCUCUAGCGCUGUCACCGUUUCACGGAUUUACACAUCGUCUCAAGUGCCGUUCUCCCUCUCAUCAACCAACGAUUUCAACUACUGUGAUCCAUAAUUAAAAUGAUGUCUUCUCGACUUCUGUGCAGGACCGGAGACGACUACGUUGGAUGACCUUAUCAACCAUUCCUUUAAAUGAAAGGGCCUGCGCGGCCUAGUGGUUCACUGUCCUGACAUCCCUGUGUUGUUACUCUCUUAGUCCAUGCUUUAAACUCGGUGCCGCUAUAUAGACUCACAUUCCAAAGCUUUUACUCGUUACAAAUGUCUCGCCGCGUCCCUCCUUCGAAGGAUAAUGUAUCACUGCCUCCGAUUUCCCAGAUACUCAAUAUGCCUUCAGGUCAGCCUCAGAGCUCUACGUUACUGUCGCAUGUCCCUGGCAAUGGAUAUGGAGCAUAUACUCCCCACGGACUACCUGAAUCCCAGUCUCGGAGGCACUCUUAUGCAGCUCAUAGUCACGGCGGACCCCAGCCGUACACACUCCCAAACUCAGGGAGUUCUUCAUACUACGAUCCAGGCUCGGCUAGCCGAUCAUCAGUGCACUCUGUGCCAGGCGGACCUUACUAUGGCAGCUCGUACACUACACAAGCUGAAACAACGCCCGCGGGAAACCCCUCAUACCGCGAUUCAUUCGGCAAUUAUUCCUCGGGUAGCUAUCCGCCUGGAAGGUCGGACUACAGGGGUCAAGGGCCAAUAGUAGCGACCAAUCCCCACUACGCUAUUCCUAGUCAGGCGGCUCCCCUGGCCACCUAUUCUGGCCAGUCAGCCUACCCAGUUUCACGGAUCAACAAUUUUUCGUCGUGGAAUGGUCGGGCCGAAGGAGGAGACUCCACCUCGCGCUCUCGUGAAGGGUGUGCAGAUGACUCCACAAAUAAGACGAGAUACGAAUGCAGCUACUGUGGAAAGGGAUUCAGUCGUCCGAGUGCUUUAAAGAUCCAUGUUAUUUCUCACACAGGGGACAAAGAUUUCGUCUGUCCGGAGGAUACAUGUCGACGAAGAUUCGGUAUUCGAAGUAAUAUGUUACGACACAUACGACUUGUCCACCAAAACAUGCAUACCCCGAGUGAGUUCGAUGGGACGGAAUGAUCGUGAUGGACGAACCCCCGGUGGAACAUCUUGAUGCCAACAGAGAGGUUAAUCAAGAUCUGUCAAUACAGCGCUUCAAGUUCAAGGUCAGGAAACUAGACGAAUUGUAGAUAAUGAACUCCACGCCAUAUACCUAUGAUACACAUGUGUUCCUUACCAUAAUUAGACAAACACAUCUAAUCAUUUAGAUACGUUACUAAUGUAUCAGUUACUAUCCGCAUGCUAGGUCG